AUGUUACAGGCAAACGAAACCACAGCUUCUGUUGUAACAGAGUUUUUCAUCGUGGGUUUCCCUGGACUCCAGCCCAAAUACUACAGCCUGAUGGCAGGGUUUUUGCUCUGCAUCUACAUCGCUGUAAUCACCGGAAACUCCCUCAUUGUGGUCCUGUUUGUGAUUGAGCGCAGCCUCCAAAAGCCCAUGUACAUUAUCAUGCUGAGUUUAUCCUUCUCUGAUAUUGGUUUUUGCACAGUUGCUCUGCCAAAAGUCAUUUCUCGCUAUUGGUUUAAUGAUGGUUAUAUUGGCUUCUACGUUUGUCUGUUUCAAAGGCAGCUGAUUCACUAUUUUGGUACCCUGAACUCUCUUAUUAUGAUGAUCAUGGCACUAGAUCGGUACUUGGCGAUCUGUUACCCGCUAAGAUACUCUGUUUUAAUGACUAACCGCACUAUGAGGCUUCUAAUAGGGGUUUCCUGGGUUACUGCAAUGAUUGCUCCAACCAUUAGCUUAAUGCAGACAGUGAAGCUCCCAUUCUGUGGGCCAAACAUAAUCACUCAUUGUUUCUGUGAUGGUACAUCUAUAAACCAGCUGGCCUGUGCUGAUGCCACCCUCACAAAUCUAAAUGCAUAUGCUGUAGCAAUGUUUGUGCUUCUCGUACCAUUCUCCUUCAUCAUCUUUUCUUAUUUAAGUAUCCUGGUGUCUGUACUUCGAAUUGCAAACACACAGGGCCGGACGAAAGCCUUUUCUACCUGUGCAACACAGCUGACUAUCAUUGCCAUCUAUUAUGUGCCCCGUUUUGUGGUUUACACCACUUCUAGCAUCCCAACAGCUCAGAUGAACAGCAGUCAGAAGAUCGCCCUGGUCAUGUUCUACAGUCUGCUUCCACCUGUAGUGAACCCCUUCAUCUACUGCAUCAGGAUCAAAGAAAUCAGACAGUUCUUUAUCAAAUGGUGUGUCCACAGAAACAGGAUCAUCAGUAGUUCAUUAACUAUUUCUAAAUGA